UCACGUGUCUGAAAACGAUUACCGGGAAUUAAUUAAGUCGCGCACGUUGGCCCCGCGACGGGGGAGCGGGAGUGGAGCGGACUACCUCGCGUGCGGCUGACAGGCCGGACCCACAGCGGCUUGGCGAGUGCCCCCUUCCCGCACGUUUUCCUUUUUCUUCCCCGCUCUGGUCGUCACGCGGACGGGGAGACCGGAGCCGAGCGCGUCCGCGUCGAUGGAGACCGCCCCAGGCCCACAUGACAGCGUCACACGCCGGAGCCUAUAAAUUAGCUGGAGAGCGACGAGCGAGCUGCUCAGUCCCGCGACCGAGCCAGCGACAGAAAAACAGAGCACACCGGCGGCGGCGGCGGCUAACCCGCUUAGAGCUCGGCUCAAUCAUGGAUGCGGAGAUGGGCGACAGCUACUGGGAGGAGACGCAGCGCUACCUCGAGUACGAGGAGCUCAGCAUCUACCUGGAGGCGCAGGAGGACGCCAUGUCCUGCUACGACUCCAGCUCGCCGGACGGAUCCAACUCCCAUUCCUCCUCAGCUCCGGCGGGUGAUGGUAGGGGGCCCGGCGGCGGCGCAGGCCGCGCGGCGGAGGGGGCGAACAAGAACAUCAUCAUGGAGCGCGACCGCCGCCGCAAGCUCAACGAGAAGCUCUACGCGCUGCGCAGCGUCGUGCCAAACAUCACCAAGAUGGACAAGGCGUCGAUCAUCAAGGACGCGAUCGAGUACAUCCAGCAUCUGCAGGCGGAGGAGCGGCGGGUGCUGCAGGAGCUCGAGGCCGCCGGCGGCGCGCAGGAUGAGCGGUACGAGUACGACGAGGGCGUCCUCCUGCAGGCGGAGCGGGCGAAGAAGCUGAAGCGCGCGCGGUCGGUGCCGUCCAUCGCCCGUGGCGCCGCCCCGCCGCCGCCGCCGCCCGUGGAGGUCCUUGAGCUGCGCGUGUCGGAGGUGGGCGAGCGCGUCCUGGUGGUGAGCCUGACGUGCAGCAAGCGCCGCGACGCCAUGGCGCGGGUGUGCCGCGCCAUCGAGGAGCUCCGGCUCCGCGUCAUCACCGCCAGCAUCACCUCCGUCGCCGGAUGCCUCAUGCACACCGUCUUCGUCGAGGUAGAUCAAAUGGAUGGGAUUCAGAUGAAGAAGAUGGUCGAGACCGCUCUCGCCCAGCUCAACGCCACCGGAAGCCCCCCGAGUUCCAUGAGCUAUUAGGACAACAGCCAGAUACGAUAGUUUUCCGUCUAGUUUGCCAACAUAAUCCCUCACCAAAUAAGAAGUAUGUUGUGUGUUGUUACGUGCUGCCCUUUUCUCAACAUCCCUCUUAUGCAUAUGGGAGGUGAUGCUCGUUUUUCUAGGAGGCGGCAGGUCAAGGUUUAGGUACUAGACUAAGCAAGUUUGGACUUUAAGAGCAUGACAUAUGUUUCUGAACUAUUACACGUAUAUGGUAAUGAAUAACAAGGGGAUUCACCUUUAAAAAACUUUGGUGUUCAAUGAA